CUUUAUGAUAUACCAUCAUUCUUAAUAAAUCGAUCAUCAUUGACACCUUUUCCCUUGGAGACGUACUAAGCAUAAGCAUGCAACAUCCAUAUUUCGCAGGACAAAGUUUGUUCUUUUGCCCUCGCCCUUCUUUUUUAUUUUCUUUUUUUCUUUUAUUUUUCUGUCACUGUCUUUGCCAUUCGCCAUUCGUCUCAUCCUCAUUGGCCGUUCUUUCGAUUGUUCACCAUUUAUUCAUUCAUUUAUUCAUUGUCAUACUUUAUUUCUUCAUUCUAUUUGACACUAAACGGUCUAAACGUGAUAGCCAAGAAUAAGCAUUGUUCUGGGCUCCUUGCAAGAGACUUCAUUUUAGAAGUCUUAAAUUCCACGUAUG